CCAGUUCAUCGACAUCAGAAAACAUUUGAGCUCGACCUUUUAUUGUUCCCUAGACGCUCGACGGGCCUUUGCCGUAUACAUGCGCAAGAAACAAUGGGCGAUCGUCGAGUGCUCGACCGAGGCAGGUCUCGCGAUAGGCCAUAAAUGCAAGCCUAGCGACAUCGUCGUAUCAAGAGACAGUGACAUACUCAUGUACAAGAAUGUCGAGACCAUUUGGCAACCCAUCUCAAAAGGGAAACUCCUUGUCUACGACGUUCCAAGCGUCUAAUACACAGUACUUAGCGUCGUAUCAUAAACGACUACAACCGCAACAUCCCCUCUCUCGGAAGCGCAACCGACUACAAAAUCAUCAAAGAGCUGGAUGGAGAAACGCUGCGACGAUGAUGAAGUAUUAUUUAGCACACAACCAAGCCAUGCGUAAGAAUACCGCCCAGGAGACGCUUGCCACUUCGCAGAAGGUUUCUGUGGGUAUUUUACAGACCCCUGUGCAGAUUGGCCCAUUCCCUUCGUUCCCAGCUCAAGCUGCCAUGGCCUAUGACAGUCUUCGAAAGCAGCUCGAUUGUCUUUUUCAGUGGUACUCCCAAAUGCAGAAGGAGAUACGAGAGGCACGCGAGGCGGAGAGAAGAACUUUGACAGCGAAUCAUGAUACUAAGACUCGGUGACACAAGUCUUCGCAGACUUU